UCAUUUCCUUUAGAGCACCUCACCUCUUUCUUCGGAAACGAGUAUGAGAAAGCAGCAGCGCGUGCUUGCGUACAUAACGUUUCAACUAAGAAGUAUUUCAAACCCACUUGCAACGGAGAUAUUUCAGUAAAACAGUUACCGUGGUCAUGCCAAAUAUUGUUCUGUUCAGUGGAAGUUCUCACCAUGAUCUGUCACAGAAAGUGGCUGACAGACUUGGUCUGGAAUUAGGAAAAGUGAUUACGAAGAAAUUCAGCAACCAAGAAACAUGUGUAGAGAUUGGAGAGAGUGUUCGUGGGGAGGAUGUCUACAUCGUACAGAGCGGUUGUGGCGAGAUCAACGAUAACCUGAUGGAGCUGCUGAUUAUGAUAAAUGCCUGUAAAAUCGCCUCGGCAUCUCGCGUCACCGCUGUCAUUCCCUGCUUUCCCUACGCACGCCAGGAUAAGAAGGACAAGAGUCGUGCUCCCAUCUCAGCCAAGCUGGUGGCCAAUAUGCUAUCUGUGGCAGGAGCUGAUCACAUCAUCACCAUGGACCUUCAUGCCUCCCAAAUCCAGGGUUUUUUUGACAUUGCUGUGGACAACCUGUAUGCUGAGCCAGCAGUUUUGCAGUGGAUCAGAGAGAAGAUUCCAGAAUGGAAGAACUGCAUCAUCGUGUCACCAGAUGCAGGCGGAGCCAAGCGUGUGACAUCAAUCGCUGACCGUCUAAAUGUAGAGUUCGCCCUGAUCCACAAAGAGAGGAAGAAGGCAAAUGAGGUGGAUCGCAUGGUACUGGUCGGUGAUGUGAAGGACCGUGUUGCAAUCUUGGUUGAUGACAUGGCCGAUACUUGUGGAACCAUCUGCCAUGCUGCUGACAAACUCAUUUCUGCUGGAGCCACUAAAGUCUAUGCCAUCCUCACCCACGGCAUAUUCUCCGGCCCUGCAAUCUCCCGCAUCAACAAUGCCCCCUUUGAGGCUGUGGUUGUCACCAACACCAUCCCCCAGGAGGAUAAGAUGAAGCAGUGUCCAAAGAUCCAGGUCAUUGAUAUAUCCAUGAUCCUGGCUGAAGCUAUCAGAAGAACUCACAAUGGAGAGUCGGUGUCCUAUCUCUUCAGUCAUGUGCCAUUGUGAAGGAGGGAAUGUGGGCGGUGCACAUUUUCAUACCUCUUGGAUGACUGCAAGCCCUUUGGUGGGACCAUCCCAUGUGACUGAUUGUUUCCACUGGCAAUUUUCCCUGGCAGACUACCAUGUUGUAUUUAUAUCCAGGCUUUUUUUCGCUUCUUAGAAAUGUGCUGAUUAGUUCAGAGACCCAUACAUUUUCGAAAGUGGCCCUAAUCAAGGGUUUUAAUCAAUUAUUUGUACUGUACCAUAUUGGAUUGAAGUUACUAUAAAUGAUGAAUUCCGUGAUGAAAUGAUUGUUUUUUGAAAGUGCUGAUGAUACAUAGUUUUGAUAAGCUUUGGUUGUCUCUCUGCGUUUGGGCGUGUCUGCAGAGAUGACAUAGUACCUGCACACUACAUCAGCUCCAAAAGUGUUUGUCAUUUUAAUAAUAAUAGUGAAAUUAAAAGUUCAAAACAAGGUUUUGGCUGAGGGGUGUUACUUUUGGAUGUUGUGCAGGGUCUGUAUCAUUGUCUUUGGUUCUCUUUGGGAAACAGAGGCUCAGAAACAAUGUACCCUAUGUUAAAAGCAGUCUGAGAGCCAGGAAAGAAACCACAGGAUGCACCAUAGUGCACAUGAGCACAGUACUAAUGUAGUAAAUUAACCUCAGGCUCUGUUAUGUGAUUAAAAGGUCUUGAACAAUUUAACACAUUAAGGAGUGCUGCAGUGUUUUCUUCUCCAGAGUAGCUCUAUAUGUGUGGAUGCUCUUCUGCUUUAAACAUUUGAUCUUGUAACAAACUUUCUGAAGUGUUUUUCUAAGCUUUAAAAACCAAUUGAGAUUCCCAGUCCAUUUCAAAAUUAUAUGUCAGAUACAAAUAGAGCACGAUAUAUGCACAGUCUUUGUUAAAAGGUCAUAUUUGAAUUGUUUGAUGUCCCUUGAAGUAUAUGUAUGGGGGGCAUUAUAGUUAAGGUUCAACAGUAAAGGUUUCUAUACUGUUUCUACUUGUUAGAGAUCAUUCUGUUUAUCAGAGGAUGGCGGACCCCUUAU